AUGGCUACAAAUGAUAUUUUACGAACGAAAACUGAUGUUAAAGACAAACUCAUACGUCUCUGGCAAAGAAUAAAUCAGUGGAGACGAGAUAUUGUUGUGUAUCCAAGUGGUCAAGUUAUGAACGAAUAUUUUAAUUUGGUUGAACAAAUUAUGUUCACCGGGAACCAGAUAAGAACACGUUUUAAUGAAGAAUGGAUUAAACAAGAUUUGGAAGAAUUAGGUGAAAUGCAGCAAAGUGUGAAUCAGAUAUAUACUAAUUAUAUAACAGGUGGCUAA